AUGUUUUUGAAUUUUUUAUUGCCUAUAGCAUGCGCUAUGCAUAAUCAUUCAUUGUUUAUCGGUAAAAAGGGAAAUAACUAUUACACUGCUUAUAUUGGUUUUCGGGAUGUGCCAAAAGAUAAUGAGUGCUGUGUAAUUUCUUUAACUGAACUUGAUAAUACGUAUGAUGUCGAUGAUGUUGUAAUAUUAAAAAACAAUAAAAUUCUUCCAAGUCCUCAUUUACAAUGGUAUUUUUCACUGUUAAGAAAAGAGGAAUUAAAAGAUCUCGAAAAAGAAUUAUCUGAAUUUAUUCCGGUAACACAAGAGGAAGAACUUAAAGAAAAUGCUUUUAUUGAUAGCAAAGUAUUUUUAAAAGUUGACUUUAGCAUUAAUUCUGGUAAAGGAUAUUUUAUAAGUGGUUUGUUCUCAAAGGAUAAGCGACAUGUUAUGGACAUUUUUACAACGGAAAAAUAUUUUUUUACGGACGGAUCACAAAUGUGCAAUUCGAUGUUUCAAUACGAAGCCAGGAUGCAGGAGAAGAUUGUGAAAAUACCUACGUUCCAUGAACAGCAUUUGAUUGUAUUUGAUGAGAUUAAUACUAUCAGGAAUAAUUGUCCAUUUACAAAGAUUUUUCGAAAUUCUAUUGUAGAUUUUGAUGAUCCAUAUAACAUUUAUGAUUCUGAUGUGUCUGUCUAUGGGGACACUGAAUCUUGCGAAGGAGAGAUUUUAUAUAUUCAGAAAAAGGAUUUAUCUUUGCAAGAAAAUAAUAUUGAAAUUCCAUUAGCAGAAAGUAGCGUUGAAGAAAAGCCAUCGUUUUCUAAGCAAUGCAGCAAAGAAGAAAUUAUUCCAUCAAGUAAUGAUAUUGAACUAUCCUUUGAAGAAAACGAUCUUUACAAACUUUGUAAAAGUUAUAUAAAAGUUUACGAGACUGUUGAUCGGCUCAAAAAUGUUGUCGAAAUAGCUGACGUAGACGAAAAUGCUGUCGAAAUAGCUGACGUAGACAGAAAUGCUGUCGAAAUAGCUGACGUAGACAGAAAUGCUGUCGAAAUAGCUGACGUAGACAAAAAUGCUGUCGAAAUAACUAGUGUAGACGAAAUAGCUGACGUAAACAAAAACGUUGCCGAAAUAGAAGUUGAUCAAGUAGAAUUAAUUAGGCCUGAUGCAGAGGAUGAACUUAUAUUUAACAAAUUGAAAAGUUUGGGGUGUGAAUUAAAUGAAUAUUUUGCAUCAAAAGAUGAAGUUAAAAAGGAUUUCAGAAGUAUUGAGCUCGGGGGCGUAAGUAUUUUAAAAAGUCAUGAAUUAAGCCCAAAAAAAGAAGAACAGGAUAUUCAUAAUUCGAUUCUUGACUUAAACGAACCGGUUAAAGGACCAAAAGAGGGCGAGGAAAGCGCUCAAUCUUCUUCUAAAGUAUUUGAAACGUCGAACAAGAGAGAAAGAAAAAAGGAAGAUAUUGAGGGUUUAGGACAGAAACGUACUUCUGACUCUGAAAGUACUCAUGAAAGUGAGCAUUUAAUCCAGGGUACAACAUCGGUGGUAAAUGAGACCGGAGAAGAAGCAAGCUUAAAUUCUAAAGAAGCUGAUGAAUUAAGGCGACAGUUACAAGAUUUGCUACAAAAAGGUUGUAAAGAUAGUAAUGCUGGUGUUUCUGAAGAGAGUGAUAUAACUGAUGUUGAAGAAAAAGAAACUAGUAAAGCUAUUGCUGAAGAUAAAAGUUUAACAACUGAAGGUUCUGAAGCCGAGAAUGAGAUUGUAUCGAUAAGUCAAGAAACUGGAGAAGUACUCAUUUUUCAAAAUAAUGUGUUGGAUACAUCUGAAACGAAUUCAAUUCUUAGGGUUGAUCCAUUUUUUGAUGAAGAACGUUCUCGAGUAUGCGAACUUUGCAAAAAAAAAUUUGAAAAUUGA